AUGGCUACCCCCAGUGUCCUUACUUUUGAUGCUGAGGGCCGUGCCGUUGACUUUGAGGUCUGGGUCGAUGACCUCCAGCUGUUUCUCGAGUGCGAUAGGGCAGACGGACUCUCUCUGUUCGAUCUCACCUCUGGUGCCUCUCCUGCCCCGCCUGCUGAUGCUGACAGCACUGUUCGCUCACAGUGGGCCACACGCGAUGCUGCUGCUCGCCUUGCUGUGCUCACCCGGCUCCCUGACUCCCUCCGCGUAGUCAGGGAUCACUUCCUCUCAGUUUGCCCCACCACUCUCACCGUUGACCUCCUUGAGAAGGCCCUCCUAGCAGCAGAGAAGAGCAUAGUCGCUGUAGGAGCCUCUCGUGGUGACCCUCGCACCCCCGUCUUUGAGGGGUGUUCUCCCUCUCCCCUCUUGCCCUCUGUUGCCUCUGCUGCUGCGGCCGACGUCGUUGGUUUCGAGUCGGUCGGCGCUGCGUCUGCCCCGAACGGGAGACGCCGCACCGACAAGGGCAAGGGGGGCAAGGGCGCUGGAGGGGCUUGCGGGGGCGGUGAAGGUGGUGGUGGAGGCAGUGGAGGGGGUGGGGGUGGUGGUUGGAGUGGUGGCGGGGGUGGAGGUGUUGGUGGCAGCAGUGGAGGCGGAGGAGGCGGCGGCGAUGGCGGAGGGAGCGGAGGCGGUGGAGGUGGUGGAGGCGGCGGAGGCGGCGGAGGUGGCGGAGGCGGCGGCGGCAGCAGUGGACCUGGUCGCAGCUCUGCGCAGAGGAGUGGCUCCGGUGGAGGUACGCGCCAGCAGCAGCAGUGCAGUCGUGAGACCCUCUCCCCUCAACAGCUUCGUGAGUGGUCCGCUGCGCGUCAGCGCGGUGGGGGUACGGGUCCCUGCACCUACGUUCUCCGCACCGGCGACCGCGCUGGUGAGCAGUGCGGGGGGCCGCACUCCACCCAGCGCUGCUUCGGCCGCCUGACGGACGCGUGGCAUCACCAGUUCCCUGAGGCCUCUGAGAUCCCUCGCUGGGGAGAGCUGUCUAGGGCGGGGGUUGCUAUCUUUGAUCUUGACUUUAAUGCUAUUCUUGCUGCCAUGUAUGCUCUUGCUGAUAGUGUUGAGGGUGACUGUUACCUGUGUGUUCCGCCUGACCCAAGCAUUGAGACUACUGCUCUAGGUGCUGGUGUCUAA